ACUCCCCUUCUUGACCAGUUCCCUUCUUCCCCCAGGAAGCCCAGUGCGGCUACACCAUCAUCGUGAUGGCCAUCUUCUGGUGCACGGAGGCCGUGCCCCUGGCGGUGACCGCUCUCUUCCCCGUCCUCUUCUUCCCCCUCAUGGGCAUCAUGGACUCCUCCACGGUGUGCAUGGAGUACCUAAAGGACACCAACAUGCUCUUCAUCGGGGGGCUGCUGGUGGCCAUCGCCGUUGAGCACUGGAACCUCCACAGGCGCAUCGCCCUGCAGGUCCUCCUCAUCGUCGGGGUCCGGCCUGCCUUGCUCCUGAUGGGCUUCAUGGGCGUGACGGCCUUCCUCUCCAUGUGGAUCAGCAACACGGCCACCACCGCCAUGAUGGUGCCCAUCGCCCAGGCGGUCCUCCAGCAGCUGCACAAGUCGGAGCUGGAGCAGAGCAGCGCGAAGCGGGGGGCCGUCCAGAACGGGACCCUCAACCGGGCCUUCGAGAUGCAGGAGGCGCGUCCUCCACCAGCAAAUGCCCACGUGCAGGUGGUGAUGAAGGAAAAGGUCCCCGAGGAGCCCGGCCAGAAGCUGGACGAAGACCGGGAGCAGCUGCAGGAGAAGCACCAGGUCUUCUGCAAAGGGAUGAGCCUGGCCGUCUGCUACUCCGCCAGCAUCGGCGGCAUCGCCACCCUGACGGGCACCACCCCCAACCUGGUCCUGAAGGGGCAGAUGGACGAGCUCUUCUGCCGCAACGGCAACGUGGUGAAUUUUGGCUCCUGGUUCACCUUCGCCUUCCCUGCCAUGCUGGUGCUGCUGAUCCUCUCCUGGCUGUGGCUGCUGCUGCUGUACCUGGGCUGGGAUUUCAAGAAGAAUUUCGGCUGUGGCACCAGCGAGGCGGAGAAGCGGAAGUCCGAGCAGGCGUACAGCAUCAUUAAGAGCGAGUACCGGGCGCUGGGCCCGAUGAAGUUCUCCGAAGGGGCCGUCCUCCUCCUCUUCAUCGCCCUGGUGGUCCUUUGGUUCACCCGGGAACCCGGCUUCAUGCCCGGCUGGGCCAACGCCCUCUUCAGCCAGAGGGAGAAGAGCUACAUCACGGAUGCCACGGUGGUCAUCUUCAUUUCGCUGCUGAUGUUCCUGAUUCCCUCCGAAAUAUCCAGAUGCUGUUCCGGGGCCCAGGAUGAAGGCAGCCCGGGACAGAUCCGCGCGCCCCCCGCCCUCCUGGACUGGACCACGGUCAACCGGAACAUGCCCUGGAACAUCGUCAUCCUGCUGGGAGGGGGCUUCGCCUUGGCCAAAGGCAGCGAGGCCUCCGGCCUGUCCAGCUGGUUGGGAAACAAGCUGACCCCGCUGCAGAACAUCCCCCACCCGGCCAUCGCCUUCCUGCUCUCCUUGCUGGUGGCCGUCUUCACGGAGUGCACCAGCAACGUGGCCACCACCACCCUCUUCCUGCCCAUCCUGGCCUCCAUGGCCCAGGCCAUCCAGCUCAACCCGCUCUACGUGAUGCUGCCCUGCACCCUGGCGGCCUCCCUGGCCUUUAUGCUGCCGGUGGCCACCCCCCCCAACGCCAUCGUCUUCUCCUACGGCAACCUCCGGGUCAUCGACAUGGUCAAAGCCGGGUUUAUGCUGAAUAUCCUGGGCGUCCUGACCAUCAUGCUGGCUAUCAACACCUGGGGCCUCCCCAUUUUCAACCUCCACCAGUUUCCAGCCUGGGCACACGCCAACGCCACUCAGUGCUGACAGGAGGAAGAGGGACACCCGAACUCAGAGCUGCUUGCCCCGCUCUGGCUUCUCGGGCAUCCCGUUGCCUCGCCGCUGGGGGCACAAAGCGGCUCAGACUGGCCUGGCCCUGGACGAUGGGCAUUGGCGCACCACAAGCUUUUGCGAGUGGGCACCUUCGGGCCCCAGCCUCGCUUGCCCUGAAGGAUCCCGGCCUGCCGUGGCGAGCGGGCGAGAAUUUAUUUCCUUUCUAAACGGCUCACGGUCAGCAGGCGCUGGAGACGGGCUGGCGCAAGACUUGGGGGGCUGCCGGUGUGCCCGCUGAUGGACCAGCGGCUCGCGGGGGUUCUGUGCCAGCCAUAGCCAUUCUGAAAGUCUCCCCGCCGGCCAGCCCCCCCCCAACAUCUGGACGCAGCUGCCUGCCCUGAACCCGGCCUGGCGUUUCCCUCAGGCCAGGGCCGGCCCUGGGGGUCUUCCUGGACACACGGAAACGGGGACGCUGGCCAAUAAAGCGGUUUUCAGCCAGUC